AUGGUGACGGACAAGGAAGAAGGAUCCAGCGGUGUUGGAGAGGCCUUGCUAGAUCAGAUCAAGAAGAUGAUGGCGGACGAGUUUGAUCGGAGAGAACAGAUCAAACAAGGCAAGAGGAAGGAGACUAGGAAUCCGAUACAUAUCUCCGAUGGAGACAAGAGGAACGAUCCCAUGGCAUCUCAUGGUCUCGGUGACGAUCAGGCUCAUGCCUACUACGGCAGCGGUCAUUCCUCUCACUCAAGCCGGCGCCGAGCUAGAAGGCAGCGAGAAGAGCCCAACCGUAUGGUUGAGAACUUGGGCGGCUACAAGAUGAGGAUUCCACCGUUUCAUGGCCGAAACAAUCCGGACGAGUACAUGGAUUGGGAAAAGAAGUGCGAGUUCAACUUUAACUUGCACAACAUCAUUGGAGACAACCGUGUCAAGCUAGCCGUCUCGGAGUUCAACGAUUAUGCGUUGAGAUGGUGGGAACAAAUCAUUUUGGCGCGCGAGAUUGGUGGUGCCUUUGAGGAAGCUUACUCAGGGUCCAAGUCUGUGGAAGAAUAUUACCAAGAGAUGGAGGUAAUGCUCUUGCGCGCCAAUGUGGUUGAAGAUCGCGAGGCCACUAUGUCUCGAUUCCUUGGAGGCUGUCUUGGCCGAGACACAAUUGAAAAGGAGAAGCUCCACUCGAUUCAAUUCAGAGCCGCGCCGACCAACCUUUACCGCGACUCUAAGCCUUUCGCGCCCAAGUCAGAAAUGAAACCUCUGGCUACUAAUCAAGACAGGAGCCGGACUGAGCGCACUCCACCAGCCAGAACCCGUGAUCUCAAGUGCUUUAGGUGUCAAGGGUUUGGGCAUUAUGCCUCUGACUGCUUGAACAAGAAAGUGAUGAUCAUCGCGACAAUGGAGAGAUUGAGUCCGAGGAGGAUCCUGAGCCAGAGAAACCAGAGAAAGAAGAAGAGCCUGAGGAGUAUGAAGCCGUGCCUGUCCAAGGCAGACUUUUGGUGGCCAGACGUGUCUUGA